AUGGGUUUGAUACACCUGAACGAACACAUCUCCUAUAUGGUCUUAUGGAGCCAACAUCAUCCUCUUUCCACACUUUCGGGAUGCCUUGUGCUGAGUUGCUUGUUCAUUGCCGUCUACAUUAGAUGUCGACCUGGCCUGCGGCAGAUUCCAGGUCCAUUUUGGGCCAGCAUCACUCCCUUGGACAGGUUGAUCACAGCAGCAUCGGGCAAACAGUUUUUGAAACACCUCGAAUACCAUGAUAAGUAUGGUCGCCUCGUCCGCGUCGGACCGAAUCAUGUCUCCUUCUCAGAUGCUAGCCUGAUCCCAGUAGUCUACGGGAUCACCAGUCGGUUCAUGAAGAGCGAUUUCUACAGCCUGUUCGAUGUCCGGAACAAGGAUGGGCAGUCCAUACCAACGGUCUUUUCUGUGCGAGAUGCAAGGCAUCAUAAGGCCUUGAAGAGGCCGGUGGCGAAUGCUUACUCCAUGAGCACACUGGUAGAAUUGGAGCCAAUGACAGACGACUGCAUUGACAUCUUCCAAACCAAGCUGGACAGCAAGCAAGGCAAAGACAUCGAUUUCGGUGAAUGGUUGCAGUGGUAUGCUUUCGACGUCAUCACUUCAGUCACCUUCUCGAACCGUAUCGGGUUUAUGGAGCAAGAAAUGGAUGUCCAGGGGAUCAUCAACGCGAUCGAAGGCCGCCUUGCUUAUAACAGCGUGAUUGGCGAAGCCCCGGUCCUGCACAAAUACCUCCUGGGCAACCCAGUGGGCUCGUAUCUUGCCAGCUGA